AUGAAUAUACUUGAUUUGCCCAAUGAAUUGUUGAUUAUUAUUUUCAACAAAUUAAAUGCAGUCGAUUCUCUCUAUUCACUUGUGGAUGUGAAUGAACGAUUUGAUGAAAUAGUGCUAGAAGCUCUUCAUAUUCAGUGUCUUGAUACAGCAAACAUGCUUAAAGAAUCAAGUUUUGAUGAAAGCGCUCCGGUGAAUCAAGCAAUACUUCGCAAAAUAUGUGAAAAAAUUCUGCCUCGACUUCAUCUUCAAUUGAAUGAACUGGUCGUUGAUCAAAAUUCACUUCAACAUAUUCUUUUUUCUAAUACUUACCCUCAACUAUCCUCUUUAUCGCUUGUUAACUUUCAACAGAAAAGUCUUCUUCGAUAUUUAAGAGAUGAUUCCAUUCUGCGUGAACUUCUCUCUGAACAAAUCACACAUUUGUCUAUUGGGUUUCGAUUUGAAUUAGCAGUGGAAGACCUCGAAACUUCGACAAAUAUAUUUGCUCUAAUUUUAUAUUUAUGUCAACGAUUAGAUAGCUUAAGCUAUUGUCAGCUGUUUUCAUACCAAACCAUCCCGGUCUUUAUUCAAAUAUCGCCAUCGAUAAAUGUGAUAUCUUCAACUUUAACUGCUCUCGCGAUCAAUAUUAAAACAUUUCAAUGCUGUCUUCGUAUUUUGGACGGCCGUUUCGCCUGUUUAAGAACACUGAGAGUUCAUAUCGAACGAAUUUCACAUCGCUUCUGCAAUAUAGAUACCACAUCAUUGCUGCCAAAACUGAAAUAUUUCUCGUUGAUCUCAUUGAAGGAGACAUGGUGGUAUGAAAAGGCAAUUGUUCCAUUAAUACGUCGAAUGAUAAAUCUAGAAGACUUGUCAUUAUUAUUCACUCUCUGUACGACUAGUAGCACUUUUAUUGAUGGUACUCAAUUACAUAAUGACAUUCUCAUGUAUUUGAUACAAUUAAAAAGAUUUACGUUUAGUAUCAGAACAUCUAUUUGUGAUGACGCACGAAAAUUUCGAUUACCAUCAAAUGAAGAUAUUCAACGUAGUUUCAAAGGAAAUCUAUAUUAUCAAGUUGGUUCAUAUGUGGACACAGAAUCUUUAUAUCCUACUGGAUCAUGUCAUAUUUAUUCACUUCCUUAUGGAUUUCAAUAUUUUCCUUGGCUUGAAAAUCGAUUUCCGGGUGGUAUGUUUGACAAAGUUCGGUAUUUAUCAAUGUUUGGUUGGUCUUCUUUUCAACUGAUACUGUUCAAAAGGAUCUCGGAAAGUUUUGCGUAUAUUAAUGAAUUACAUAUACACAAUCGUGGGCCACAAAUAGUUAACGAGCACGAUUUGACAUUGAUAAUUUUCCCUCAUCUCAUGCUUCUCGAUCUGGUUUAUGCACAUGUAGAUUAUGCUAAACAAUUUUUACUUCAUGAAAAGAUUAGUGUACCUUCUUUGACUGAUCUUCGCAUUACUUACGAAUCAUUGGUAACGGUGACGGAUAACUUUACCAACAUUGUCGCACGUUCUGCCUGCUCGAAGAUAAAAACACUCCAGACUGACGAAUUAUUUGUUCGGUCAGAAGAAUUUUAUCAUUAUUUUCCUUUGAUAGAGUGUUGA